AUGGUGCCCCUUAGGGCCCUGUGGUUGGCCUGGGCUCUGCUAGGAGUGGCCGGAGCGUGUCCAGAGCCGUGCGCCUGCGUGGACAAGUAUGCUCACCAGUUCGCGGACUGCGCCUACAAAGAGCUGCGUGAGGUGCCCGAAGGACUGCCAGCCAACGUGACCACCCUUAGUUUGUCCGCCAACAAGAUCACCGUGCUACGGCGCGGGGCUUUUGCCGACGUCACGCAGGUUACGUCGCUGUGGCUGGCGCACAAUGAGGUGCGUACAGUGGAGCUGGGCGCGCUGGCGGUGCUGAGCCAGCUCAAGAACCUCGACCUGAGCCACAACCUCAUAUCCAGCUUCCCGUGGAGCGACCUGCGUAACCUGAGCGCGCUGCAGCUGCUCAAAAUGAACCACAACCGCCUGGGCUCGCUGCCCCGGGAUGCACUCGGAGCGUUGCCAGACCUGCGCUCCCUGCGCAUCAACAACAACAGGCUGCGUACGUUGGAGCCUGGCACCUUCGACGCACUAAGCGCGCUGUCACAUCUGCAACUCUAUCACAAUCCCUUUCACUGCGGCUGCGGCCUUGUGUGGCUGCAGGCUUGGGCAGCGAACACUCGGGUUUCGUUACCGGAGCCCGACUCCAUUGCGUGUGCCUCGCCUCCCGCGCUUCAGGGAGUACCUGUGCACCGCCUGCCCGCCCUGCCCUGUGCCCCACCCACCGUGCGUCUAAGUGCAGAACCGUCGCCUGAGGCGCCUGGCACCCCCCUGCGGGCGGGUUUGGCGUUCUUGUUACACUGCGUCGCCGAAGGCCACCCCACGCCCCGCCUGCAAUGGCAACUUCAGAUCCCGGGUGGCACCGUAGUCCUAGAGCCGCCGGUCCUAAGUGGGGAGGACGAGGGGGACGCAGAGGUGGAUAGGGAGGGGGAAGGAGAUGUGGACUAUCAGACGCAGACCGAGGCCCCAACCCCAACUCCGGCACCCGCUUGGCCAGCACCGCCAGCCACCCCGCGCUUCCUGGCCCUAGCAAAUGGCUCCCUGUUGGUGCCCCUCCUGAGUGCCAAGGAGGCGGGCGUCUACACAUGCCGUGCACGCAAUGAGCUGGGUGCCAACUCGACCUCAGUACGCGUGGCGGUGGCGGCAGCUGGGCCCCCAAAGCACGCUCCUGGAGCGGGGGGAGAACCCGAUGGGCAGGCCUCGACCUCGGAGCGCAAAUCCACAACCAAGGGCCGAGGCAACAGCGUCCUGCCCUCUAAGCCCGAAGGCAAAACCAAAGGCCAAGGCCUGGCCCGGGUCAGCGUCUUCGGGGAGACAGAGAUAGAGGUGGUGCCGGAGGAGGAGGCAGGUGAGGGAGAGGAGGCCGAAGACCAGGUCCCUGCGGAUCCGGCAGAGGAGCAGCACUGCGGCCAUGGGGAUCCCUCUCGGUACGUGUCUAACCACGCGUUCAACCAGAGCGCAGAGCUCAAGCCGCACGUCUUCGAGCUGGGUGUCAUCGCGCUGGACGUGGCGGAGCGCGAGGCGCGGGUGCAGCUGACACCGCUGGCGGCGCGCUGGGGCCCUGGGCCCGGCGGGGCUGGGGGAGCUGGGCGGCCCGGGCGGCGGCCCUUGCGUCUACUCUAUCUGUGUCCAGCGGGAGGCGGCGCGGCAGUGCAGUGGUCCCGCGUGGAGGAAGGCGUCAACGCCUACUGGUUCCGCGGCCUGCGGCCAGGCACCAACUACUCUGUGUGCCUAGCUCUGGCGGGCGAGGCCUGCCACGUGCAAGUGGUGUUCGCCACCAAGAAAGAGCUGCCCUCGUUGCUGGUCAUCGUGGCAGUGAGUGUAUUCCUCCUGGUGCUGGCCACCGUGCCGCUGCUGGGUGCCGCCUGCUGCCAUCUGCUGGCCAAACACCCGGGCAAGCCCUACCGUCUUAUCCUGCGGCCUCAGGCCCCCGACCCCAUGGAGAAGCGCAUCGCUGCCGACUUCGACCCACGUGCCUCCUACCUCGAGUCCGAGAAAAGCUACCCGGCAGGCGGCGAGGCGGGCGGCGAGGAACCAGAGGAGGUCCCGGGGAUGGGCCUUGACGAAGAUGCCGAGCAGGAGGACCCAGAUGGGGACCUGCACAGGGAGGAGAGCCUGGCGGCCUGCUCACUGGUGGAGUCCCAGUCCAAGGCCAACCAAGAGGAGUUCGAGGCGGGCUCUGAGUACAGCGAUCGCCUGCCUCUAGGCGCAGAGGCGGUCAACAUCGCCCAGGAGAUUAACGGCAACUACAGGCAGACGGCGGGCUGA